CCCAUUGUAUCCAAGAUGGUUGCAGGUAAUCCACAGCUGUUCACGGGUAAUGGGCCGAAGAACACAAAUAGGCAAAUUGCAGAAGGAGAAGAUUUGAAGUUUGGAAUCCAAUGCGAACAUCCUAUGACGAUUAAAGAAAACUCCUCUGCAGAUUUGGAAAACUGUAACAGAAAUGAAAAGUGCUGGGGAGUGCCUGGUUGCAUCUGCAGAGAGAUAAACCGUAUGAACAAUUCAGGUUUGUUGUGACUGAUCUUCAGAACAGUAUCACACCAGGAUCUGUUGGAGUCGCCCAAUUUAUCAAACCUGAAAAUCCUCGGAUAUUGAACAUGGAAGAAGAAAGCCUUGUUCACAGUAGAGAGAAACCGUACAUGAGUUCUGUGUGUGGACAAGGAUUCAGACAGUCAUCUAGCCUGUUGAAACACAAGUGCAGUCAUUUUGGGGAGAAACUGUGGAAAAGUGGGGACUGCAUGGAGGCAAUCAGUUACAUUUCUGAUCCGGAAAUUCACCAACGUGGUCACAGUGAGAAAUGGCCAUUUAUCUGUUCCAUAUGUGGGAAGGGAUUCACUCAAUCAUCCAUGCUGCUGAUGCACCAGCGCGUUCACACUGACCCUUUUAAAUGCCAAGAUUGUGGGAACUGCUACAAACGUUCCAGCGAACUGAUGUCCCACCUACGUGUUCACACUGACGAGAGACCCUUUAAAUGUUCAGUUUGUGGGAAGUGUUUUAAAAGUUCUGGGGAACUGAUACGUCAUCAAAGUGUUCAUACUGAGGAGAGACAAUUCAAGUGCCCUCACUGUGACACUGGGUUCAGCCGACCAUAUGAUCUCCGUGCACACCAGAGAGUUCACACUGGGGAGAGGCCAUUCACCUGCACAGAGUGUGGGAAGGGAUUUACACGGACAUCCAGCCUGCUGAAACACCAGCGGGUUCAUACUGAGGAGAGGCCUUUCAAAUGCUCAGACUGUGGGAAGGGCUAUAUCGGUUCCACCGAGCUGAUGUCCCAUCAACGUGUUCACUCUGAAGAGAGACCAUUCAGGUGCUGUCACUGUGGGACUGGGUUCAGAUGGUCAUCUGAUCUCCGUGUACACCAGCGAAUGCAUACUGGGGAAAGGCCAUUCACUUGUACUGAGUGUGGGAAGGGAUUCUCUCGGUCAUUUUACCUCAUGACGCACCAGCGAGUUCACACUGGAGAAAGGCCAUUCACCUGCUCAGUGUGUGGGAAGGGAUUCACUCAGUCAUCUCAUCUCAUGGCACACCAGCGGGUACACACCGAGGACAGACCUUUCAAAUGCCCAGAAUGUGGGCAGUGCUAUAAAAGUUCCAAGGCUCUGUUGUCCCAUCAACAUGUCCACACUGACGAGAGACCUUUUAAAUGUCCAGUUUGUGGGAAAUGCUUUAAAAGUUCUGGAGAUCUGAUGCGUCAUCAACGUAUUCACACUGACGAUAGACCAUUCAAGUGCUCUCGGUGUGGGACUGGGUUCAGGCGAUCAUCUGACCUCAGUGUACACAAGCGAAUUCACACUGGAGAAAGACCAUUCCCCUGCUCUGAUUGUGGGAAGGGAUUCACAACCAAAUCCAACCUGCUGAUACAUCAGCGAGUUCACAAUGGGGAGAGGCCAUUUACCUGCUCAGUGUGUGAGAAGAGAUUCACUCAGUCAGCUCACCUGCUUCGGCACCAGCGACUUCACAAUCACACCGGAGAGAGACCAUUCACCUGCACGGAGUGUGGGAAAGGAUUCACUCGGUCGUCCAUCUUGCUGAAACACCAGCGAGUUCACACUGGGGAGAGACCUUUUAAACCUUUUGAAUGCCUAGACUGUGGGAAAUGCUUUAAAACUUCCAGCAAUCUGAUCUCCCAUCGACGUGUUCACACUGAUGAGAGGCCUUUUGGAUGCGCAGACUGCGGGAAAUGCUUUAAAAGCUCCCGUGAUUUGAUGAACCAUCAACGUGUCCAUUCUGAUGACAAACCUUUUAAAUGUUCAGACUGUGGAAAUUGCUUUAAAAGUUCUGGGGAACUGAUGUCCCACCAACGUGUUCACAGUAGUGAGAAACCUUUUAAAUGUUUGGAUUGUGGGAAGUGCUAUAAAAGUUCUGGAGAGCUGACUUCUCAUCAACGUGUUCACACUGAGGAGAGACAGUUCACGUGUUCUCACUGUGGGACCAGAUUCAGGCGAUUAUUUGAUCUCACUGAGCACCGGCGAAUUCACACUGGGGAGAGGCCAUUCAUCUGCUCCAUAUGUGGGAAGGAAUUCACUCGGUCCUGUCGCCUUGUGGCACAUCAGCGAGUUCACACUGAGGAGAGACCUUUCAGGUGCUCUUACUGUGGGUCUGGGUUCAGGCAAUCGUCUCAUCUCACUGCACACCAGAGAGUUCACACCGGCGAGAGGCCAUUUGCCUGCACUGAAUGUGGGAAGAGAUUCACUCGGACUUGUAACCUACUGAGACACCAGCGAGUUCACAAGUGAUUUUAGGAGCUAGAUUUUACUGCUAGUCACUUCCAGGACUGAACCCAGUACCUUGGUUUCCUUUUCUCAUGAUUUUGACAAAUUCAGCGUAUUUUUAGCUGUUCCCACUCUGAAUAAAAUUCAACAGAAACGGCUUUGUGUUAAACACAUAAUGUGUUGACACUUGUUAAUAUCUCUAAUGCAAUUUCGGUACUUUUGUAGAAAUUUCCCUUUCCCUGUCUCCUCUGGAUUCACCUUCAACUCGUCUGAGUUGUGCGCUGACAAUGAGCUUUUGGUUCAGAUGGAGAACAAAUUCCCCACGUACUGUUGCCACAUUUCCAUGCUCUCAUGUUGGCAUGAGUGACUUUGUGUUUGUGGAGGUUUAAUGAUCAUUUGAAGCAUUGCGUAGGCAUGUAAGAGUCUGCCUCAAGAUGCUAGCAGCGGCAGGGUAGGCACCCUUCGGCCUCCUGGGGAAAAGUAGCUCUGUUGAUCUAUGUUGACACUGUUUUAGAGUUAUUCAACCAUUAAUUUUUUGUAAUUUUGUAAUUUUUAUUAAUGAUUUGGAUGAGGGGAUUGAAGGAUGGGUCAGCAAGUUUGCAGACGACACGAAGGUUGGAGGUGUCAUUGACAGUAUAGAGGACUGUUGUAGGCUGCAGCGGGACAUUGACACGAUGCAGAGAUGGGCUGAGAGGUGGCAGAUGGAGUUCAACCUGGAUAAAUGCGAGGUGAUGCAUUUUGGAAGGUCGAAUUUGAAAGCUGAAUACAGGAUUAAGGAUAGGAUUCUUGGCAGUAUGGAGGAACAGAGGGAUCUUGGUGUGCAGAUACAUAGAUCCCUUAAAAUGGCCACCCAAGUGGACAGGGUUGUUAAGAAAGCAUAUGGUGUUUUGGCUUUCAUUAACAGGGGGAUUGAGUUUAAGAGUCGUGAGAUCUUGUUGCAGCUCUAUAAAACUUUGGUUAGACCGCACUUGGAAUACUGCGUCCAGUUCUGGUCGCCCUAUUAUAGGAAAGAUGUGGAUGCUUUGGAGAGGGUUCAGAGGAGGUUUACCAGGAUGCUGCCUGGACUGGAGGGCUUAUCUUAUGAAAAGAGGUUGACUGAGCUCGGACUUUUUUCAUUGGAGAAAAGGAGGAGGAGAGGGGACCUAAUUGAGGUAUACAGGAUAAUGAGAGGCAAAGAUAGAGUUGAUAGCCAGAGACUAUUUCCCAGGGCAGAAAAGGCUAACACGAGGGGUCAUAGUUUUAAGCUGGUUGGAGGAAAGUAUAGAGGGGAUGUCAGAGGCGGGUUCUUUACACAGAGAGUUGUGAGAGCAUGGAAUGCGUUGCCAGCAGCAGUUGUGGAAGCAAGGUCAUUGGGGACAUUUAAGAUAAUGCUGGACAUGCAUAUGGUCACAGAAAUUUGAGGGUGCAUACAUGAGGAUCAAUAGUCGGCACAACAUUGUGGGCUGAAGGGCCUGUUCUGUGCUGUACUGUUCUAUGUUCUAAAUAAUUCUAAGAUGAAUUUCAGCUGAGAAUGUUUUGAAGGGACAUCAUCAGGCACCAAGUUCUUGAGAGAAAUUUCGCAGUGAAUCAAAUAAUAUUUUCCAACCCAUCUAUAUUCAUCCCAAAAUUGGAACUGCAGUGUUUCUGCUGUCUGCCUGUGUAUCAAUUAGACAGUGUGGUAAGUCAUUUUAAUAUUGAGCAGAGUUUGUUAUUUUGCAUGAAUAUUAAUCUGAAUUGAACAUUGGAUAAUCGUGUUGCAUGGAGAACUGCAAUACAUUUUUCUGAUUUUGAUACCAUACUGUACGGUCAUCGUUAUCAUGUAGAGUUCAUACACUUUAGAAAUGAUCUUCUCUUCAUCAUAAGGUCAGAAUUGUGGAGGUUUGCUGAUGAUUACACAAUGUUCAGCACCAUUUGUGACUCCUCAGAAACCGAAGCAGUCCUUGUUCAAAUGCAACAAGGUCUGAUCAAUGUUCCAGGACUGGGCUUGACAAGUAGCAAGUGACAUUCACACCCCACAAAUGCCAGGCUACGACCAUCACCAAUAAAAGACUACCCCCGCACCGUCCAUUGCCAUUCAAGAUUGUUCCCAUUACUGAAUCCUCCACUAUCAACAUUCUGGGAGUUGCUACUGACAAGAAACUCAAUUCAACCAGCCAUUUAAACACAGUGACGACAAAAGCAUGCCAGAGGCUGGAAAAACUGAUGUGAGUAACUCAUCAACCGAAUCCCCAAAUCCUGUCCAUCAUCUAUAGGGCACAAGUCCGGAGUGUCUUGGAAUGCUCCCCACCUGUGUGGAAGGGUGCAGCUCCAGCAACGCUCGAGGCUUAACACUGCCCAGGACAAAUCAGCUGCCUGAUUAGCACAAACACCCUCUCACUCCACCGCCGACAGUCAACUGCAACUACCUACAAGAUGCACUGCCGAAAUUCUCCACAGAUCCUCAGACAACGUCUGCCAGUCGCAUGAUCAUUCCCAUCUAGAAGGACAAGGACAGCAGAUACAUGGGAACACCACGCCCUGCAAGUUCACCUCCAAGCCAUUCACCAAGUGACCUACCUCCCCUUCUAGAGGGCAGUGACGGAUGAGCAGCAAAAGGUAGCCAAUAGGUCAUGCGCAUAACCCGUGCAAGAAUAGGAAAUAUUGCCAUUAUGUUAGAUUAAUCGCAACGUAAAAGUAUAUUCAGCAUUGAUAAAACCAACAGUGCUACCCCUGGAAGGAUAUAAUCAUUAAAAUUCAGUAAGUUUUCUCUCUGGAGAGCUGCUAGUGCGUUUAGUUUUGCACUGACAGGUCUUGUACAAUUUAGCUCUUAGUUCAAAUAAAUAUUUUUAAUUUUGCUGAGAUGUGGCUGGCUCUGCCAAGGCCAAUAUUUGUUGCUCAUCUCUCGUUUCCAAUGAGCAAGGUGGAGCCGGACCCAACACUUCUCCUUGUAGCACGCUGCUAGUUACAGGUCAUCAGUCUGAAUAACUGCCUUCUAUUCCCAUCCUUUGUCUCCUACUUUCAAUCCAAUUUCAGAUCUGAUAGGCAAGCUCUGCCAUGAUCCCAUGUGAUCUAACGUUAUUGACCAGUCUACCCUGGGGAACCUUAUCCAAAGCCUUACUAUAGCCUAUGUGGACAGUAUCUUUUGCUCUGCCUUCAUCUGUCUUCUUGAUCAUCUCUUCAAAAACUCAAACAAGUUAGUGAGAUACGAUUUUCCAUGCAGAAAGCCUCAUUGCCUAUCCCUAGUUAGUCAUUGCCUUUCUGAGUGCAUGCAGACCCCCUCUGUCAGAAUUCCCUCCAACAACUUAACCAGCAUUGAUGUCAGGCUCAGCCUUUCUUAAAUAAUGACACAAUUUUAGCCACCCUCCUGUCUUCUGGUGCCUCACCGUGGCUCUCCUAAACAUAAGAGCCUAGUCUUCUCUCUCUCUCUCUCUACCAAGUCACUGAAAUAGCUACAACGUCAUAGUUAUGUGCACAAAUCCAAUAUCUGAAUUGAUCUGCCUUACCUGUCUUGCUCCUCGUAUUAGAACAAAUGUUCUACAGACAGUUAGUCCGGUUGUGUUCAGUAAUUUCUCCCUGACUGUUCUUGCUCUCAGUGUUCCUGGCCUUGGCCUGUAACAACUCCUCAGUCAUUUCAUUUGUGGAUCUGCAGCUUCGGUUCCUAACCCCAAGUUGUGCUUGUUUAAACCCUCCUGAGUGACAGUAGCAAACCUCUGUGCCAGGAUAUUGGUGUCCCUCCAGUUUAGGUGCAACACAUCCUUCUUGGGCAGGCCUCACCUACCACGGAAAACAUUCUAAAGAUCCACAUACCUGAAGGUCUCCCUCCUACGCGAGCUCUUUAUGUACACAUGUAACUGUAUUAAUUCCCUAUUCAUAGCCUCAUUGGCAUGUGGCACAGGGAGUAAGCCUGAGAUUAUAACUAUAGUGGUCCGCUUUUCAGUUUACUACCUAACUCCCUGAACUCCCUUUUCAGGAUCUCGUCACUGUUCCUGCCUAUGAUGUUAGUGCCAAUAGGUACCCUGGCCUCUAGCUACUCACCAUGCCUUUUGAGAAUGUCCUGUGCUUGCUCAGAACAUCCUUUUCCCUGGCACUAGGGAGGCAGCAUGCCAUCCUGGAAUCUCUUUUGCAGCUACAGAAACAUCUCCCUGUACCCCUGAUUGUGGACUUCCCUAUUACUACCUACCUACUGAACUUUGGCCCUCCCUCUCGUACAAGAUGGCCAGCUGUGGUGACAACGUCAUCUUGCUGCUGCUGUUGCCACCCCCGAUAGGCACUCUCCUCACUCAACAGUAUCCAAAGCCGGGCAUUUGUUGGAAUGGUCAACAGUCACGGUGGACUCCUGCAUACCUGUGAGCCCCUUCUAGCAGCCACCCUUCUAUUUGUCUGUACUUGCAGCAUGACCACAUCUAUAAAUCUCCUGUUUGUGGCACUUCCUGCCUCUUACAUGCCCUUAAUUGUACCCACCUUCCACUCCAGCUGACCAGUGCAGUCUGACAGGAGCAGCAGUCAGACACACUUCCUGCAGAUGUAGCCAUCAGGGGACGUUUGAACUGUCUUUGAUUUUCCAGAUUCUGCAGGAGAAGUAGACAAUGGCACAGCUGCCAUUUUUACUCUCCAGCAAUGAUUUAAUUAAAAAUGCAUUUCUAUUAAAUCAAUUUACAGAUAAUUAUCUUGUCCCCAGUGAUUAAUUCUCACUACAAAAGACUAACACAUUCUCUCACACUUACACACUCCUCUCACAGUUAUGAACCCCUCAUUCAUACAAGCACCCCCCUCACAUACUAACAUGCAAAUAUGAACUCUCUCUUACACACUGUCAAACUCACUCUUAGACAAACUGUUACGCACACUCACACUCUCUUGCUCUCACAUUCACACAUGCAGGGAACCCUGCUGAAAAUCUUGCCGGAGUCCAUGCGGACAAUGUCUCUUGCUCUGCCUUCACCUGUUUUCUUGAUCAUCUCUUAAAAAACUCAAACCAGUUAGUGAGGCAUGAUUUUCUACACAGAAAACCACAUUGACUAUCCCUCAUCAGCCAUUGCCUUUCCCAAUGCAUGUCAACCUUCUCUGUCAGAAUUCCCAUCAACAACUUACCCACCACUGAUGUCAGGCUCACUGGUCUAUUGUUCCCUGGCUUGUCCUUGCAUCCUUUCUUAAAUAAUGGCACCACAUUGGGCACCCUCCUGUCUUCUGGCACCUCACCCUUGGCUCUCCGAAAAGUUGAGAUUGUAGUCUCAUCGCUCUCUCAACCAAAUCACUGAAAUAGCAACAACAUCAUAGUUUUGUGCACUAAUCUGCGUUCUGCAUUUACCUGCCCUACUCAUCAUACUCCUCAUAUUAAAAAAAAUGCUCACACACUGUGUCACACCCUCACUCUUACGGUGUCAAGCUAUCUCUGACAAACUGUCACUCAAACACUCACACACUGAAAAACUAACACACUGUCUCUCAGAACACAGUCAGACACUCUCUAACACUCACUUUGUCUCAUUCGCAGACAAUACAACACUGCUAAACAAAUUCUCAGGAAACUCUUACUGACAAUAUCACAAAAUUAGACACAUAAAUGCUGUAACUGCUGUUCCCAAUGUGUAGAAGAAUGAUCCUCAUAUUCCACUUUCUGGAGACAAACAAAAUGUCGCAAAAGAUUCAGGGGCAUUAUGAGGAUGCAUUAUCUUUGAAGAAAGUCAUUCUGAAGUGAAAUAAACUGUUUGAUAGGGAGCUACAACAGUUUGAAUCUUAUUUUCAGAUUGAACAUAUGCAGUACUUGUGGGAAGAAUAGGGGAGUGGGGUUAACUGAAUCAUUCUGUUCAGAGCCAGCAGUGUUCCUGGAAACUGAAAUGACUUCUCUUGUGACUGGCGAAUGCCAAUUUGCAAUCAUUGCAGCAGGCAUUGAAAUUUCAGUCUAUCACAUUCCAGGACUUUGAGACAGAAAAGCUAAAUGUUGCAACAAAUGCAGAGUUUGCAACAAAGUUUGAAUGUUUGCAAGAUGUUGGCAACGGUUAAACCAGAAUAAAAAUAUUAACAUGGCAUCAGACAUUAAAUUAUGAAUAAAUAUUGCACAGACCUUUAUAUGUAGCUGUGUGUAUAAUGUAUGUGCAUCUCUUACUGCACCUGCAUACGUAUCUCUAUUGUUCAUAUAUGUGUUCUAAGUCUGUGUGUGUGCAUUUGUAGUUGUGCUUGCAUCUCUGUUUGCAAUAAGAGAUAUGUGUCUCUUGGUUUCCAUAUUUACAUUUGUAUCUACGGCCAUUUACAUUGUGAUGAAACUGUUGAUUUAAGAGGAUGUUUUACCCUGUUUCGUUUUAAGAGUGAGGUUGAACAAGAAGUGACAAGCUGCCUGCCGAAGACCACUUGAGUAAACAGCUCGGGAGGACUGGGGUUCUUUUUGGUGCAGCCCAAAUAGAUGUGCUCAGCUCUCAUAGGUCAGGAUUUCUGUGUUGUGUCAUAAGCUAUUUGGGGUUCAACCAAGUUGGAAGCUUCAGUGAAUGUCUCCUGGCUUCUACAUUCUGAAUAUGUUUUUUUUUCUCCCUCCUGGGUGAGAGAACUGCAUGUGAGAAUCUGCGUCUGAAUUUUCUUUUUACCAAGGGAUCUGUUUCUGGGAUGUUACUACAUUGGAACAGUUAAUUAGUAAUAGCUAUUGUAUCUGUUAUUGUGUUAGGUUUUCCAAUAGAGUUGUUAUUCCAAAAUUAUUUUUCUUUGGUUAUGUUUUAACUACGGUGUUCAAAUAAAUUGUGUUUUGCUUAA